UGGAGCACUGAGGAUACUUUGAGUUUGUUGUAGCGGAGACACCUUCCUGAUGCUUUUGCAGCUGAGUUUGCUCGGUGCACUUCUCAAAGCAGCUGUGUUUGAAAGAUGGUGGGUUCCCAAAGUAAGUAGGGCCCUUAAAAAUGGAGGUGAGUUAAUUGUGGCCUCGUUUCUCAGGUUUACACCGUUGUAAUCCUCCUGAUCCCGACCUCCGUCUGCUCCGUGGGACUCAUCCGCACCCCUCAGCAGCUGAGCUCUGGUCUCAGCACUCGGGCUUCCCUUCCGUGCCCAUCCUCGUGGCUGUUUCUUGCAGAACGAGCGCGCAGCUGAUUUUGCAAAAAAGUUCAGGAAAACAAACAAAAAGUUAACAUCCAUUUGGUGUAUCCUCUUCCUGCAGCUUCCGCUCAUGGACGUCCAUCGGGGCCAAAGUGGGGAAAAAAAAUGCUGCGAAAACGGAAAACGUCAGCAAGAAGGGAGCGAGGCUCCGGGCUGGGGGGAGUUCGGUGGGGCCGGGCCGGGGCAGUGGGGCCGCCCCCGGCCGGGAUGGGCGGAGCCAGGCUGGGAGCUCCGCUGCAGCGGGAGGGAAGCGGCGGCAGUGGGACGCGCACGGCAGGGGAUGCCCGCUUGAUCCGGAGCCAUGUCCCGGUACCUGAAGCACUUCACGGUGGUGGGGGAUGACCCCGUACAGUGGAGCAACGAUUAUCAGAAAUGGGAGGAAGAGGAGGAGGACAAUGGGGAGAAGGACUCGGAGAUCAAAUUGGAGCCCUCCCGUGGCCACGUCACCUUCCAAGAUGUGAUGAAGAAGCUCUUCAGUUCACGCAGGUUUCAGAUUGUCAUUGUCUUCUUGGUCAUCGUGGAUGCCUUGCUGGUCCUUGGUGAACUGCUGAUGGACUUGAAGAUCAUCCAUCCAGACAAAUAUCACAUAGCCCCAAAGGUUUUCCACUACCUCUCCCUUUCCAUUCUCACCAUCUUCCUGGUUGAGGUGGGGUUUAAAAUCUUCAUUUAUGGCCGGGAAUUCUUCCACCACAAGUUCGAAGUGCUGGACAGCAUCGUUGUCGUCGUGUCUUUCAUCCUCGACCUCGUCCUCCUUUUCCGGGAGCACGAGUUUGAAGCUGUGGGGCUCCUGAUACUGCUGCGGCUGUGGCGUGUGGCCAGGAUCAUCAACGGAAUAAUUUUAUCGGUGAAGACCCGCUCUGAACAACAAGUGUCCAAGCUAAAGCAGGUGAACCUGAAACUCGCAACAAAGGUUGAACAACUUCAACACAGCUGUGUGGAGAAGGAGCAAGAAAUUGAGAGGCUUACCAGGAUGUUAAAACAGCACGGGCUCAUCAGCGAGCAAACAUAGGAGGCUGGUUUUCCAAGGUGGGGAAGUCUGCCAUGGCGAGUGCAGUGUUGAAACGUAUCAGAUUGACCCGAAAGGUUUUCCUCUCUGCCUCCUUUCUCUGGUAUAGUGUUGUCUGUAAAUGUUUUCUAUUUGACCACACUUUGAUUAGAUCGUGGGAUUGCGAAAAUAGCUUUACUGGAAAAUUGAAUGAGUACUCCCUGUAAACAGUGACUCCAUAAGGCCCUUGUACAGUUGUACAGACAAAAGUGCAAAAUAAUUUAAUAAAGACACAACUUUACAAGCUGUACAUUCAGGAAGUACCACUCAUUUCAAGGAAUUUUGUUUUUCAGUGAUAAGGUUCUUUGUUUGCAACACCUUGUAGAAACUCACUGUAGCAGAUAUAAGAAUUCAGGCUGGAGAUGUCAUUUCUUCUCUCACAGCUGACCGUUCACCACUGCUACAUCUCUUCUUUGCCAACAGUUCUUUUCAUACUGUUGGUUGAUUUCUGUUGCUGCUUGUGCCACUUCAUUAUUUAUGUUAUUAUCCAAAAAUACCAACAUCUGACUUUAGUUGGCGAUCAAAUGAGUACCAAAAUAGAGACAAACACAUGCCAUCUUAUGUCAAACAAUGCUUGAUUCUCAGCAGCAGAUCUGAGUUCUGAUAUUGUAUUCUACCAUCUUUUCUUCCAUUUAAGUGUUCAUUUGCAGGCUGCUGGGCUACGAAGUCGUCUGCUUCUACAGCUCAUAAAUCAACACAUUAAAAGAAUUAGAAUAUGUAAGACAAGAUCUAGGUGAGUGGACUUCUGGGAACAGUUAGACUCUGGGAAAAAUAAAUAAAUUAGGAAGCAUAUUCUAAAGGCUGGUGUUUGAAUACAGUGUCAACUUCUUCAGGUAUUAGCAGCCGUGGGAUAUUUUAUAGUUGAAGAGUGAGACUUGAGGAAUAGGUGUUGACUGCAGCAGGCUUCUCCAAUUGAUUUCAGCCACAGCCAGCUGGAGGGUCACUGAGCUCUUCUGAAAGCAUCAUUUAACUGUUCACAUUUCUAAAAAGAAAUGUAAUACAUUAGUGAUCUGGGGAAAAUAACUAGAAAUAUGUAUCUCAUUCAUCUAUAGAAAUAGAUAAAGCAGAGGCCUUAUCUAAUGCCACUUGAUUAAUUAAUAAUUAGCUCUGCUGUUCACAGAAUAAUGUAGCCUAGUUUGCUAUGGAGCUGUGCUCCUUCCCUUUCUACCUGCUUGCUGUGAGCCCAUUGAUCUGGGGCCAGCUCAGAAUGCCCAGCUGCUGGCUGGAUAUGUGCUGACAGGCCAGCUUGCAGCCACUGAGAAGUUCAUGCUGCAAUGUUUUUUCCUCCCAGCAAAAGUGCAAUUGGCAACUCAUCACUCAUACUUUUUUUUUUUUUUUCCCCCUGCCUUAAAGCUUUUGAGAACCCUCCCAAGGGCUCACCUUUUUUUCUAUUGGACAGUUUUUAACUCAGCAUGCCCACAGUUUGGAAGAGACUGAUGGGCCAAAAUAGUGACUGGAUAAACCUUGCUUCUUUGGGAAAUGGAUUAAAAAUAGAAAAAGAAAUUCACUUUUUAUUCUUUCUUUUUUUUUUUGUCUUGGAC